AUGUCGGCAAAACCGCAAACACCGGGGAGGGGUCAAGCGCGGGCAGAGCAGUCCCGAGCCUCCAAUGCCUCAAGGAAUGAUGAUUCAGGGUCUGGAGCAGAGGCUCCGGCCCGCCGACGCUUGCAAAAGUCGGCUUCAACCAAUUUCCCCUCAAAUUCAUCCACCGAUUUUGACGCCCAAUACUCAAAAGGGGUUGCUGGUCCGCGCGCAGGUGGGAUGGGUAGGAGAAGACUUUCAAUUCGAGACCAAAAAGUCCCACAAGGUCCGCGACCGCAGGAGGCUUCACGAUGGAGCAAACCAACCGGUUCAUACGCUCAUUCUGGAACAUCGUCAAUUGACUCUACAAACGACUCGAAUAAAGGUUUAAACCUUCGAUCUACCAGUGUUGGAAACCUCGCGAAAUUGGACGCCAACCAAACACCCCCAGACAAUAUGGAUUUCCUAGCGCCUGUCAACUUCGACGACUUUCACAAUAGCAUCAUGGGCGAACCCAGCCUGAAUCACUUUCCUAUGCCUGGGCACGGCGGUGCAGAGAAUCACGCGACUGGUCUUGGAGUAAAUCCCUGGGCAGAUCACACUUACAGCAACGUAUCGGAUCGCACACGAAAUGCUUCUGCUCGCCGGAAGAGUGAAGUACAGCGUCCGAAUGGCCAGGCCCCUUCCAACACAGGAUUGACAGCAUCCACUGCCAACAGUCGCUCUCGCCGCCAGAGUUUAGCCCAACCGACUGGCGGGACCAACACUGCUUCGCGGGGUUCACGCAAGUCGAUCAGCUCGGGCGCAUUUGCUCCUACAAAUGCAUCCGCAAGACGCGCCAGUCUAAGUGCCCGCAAGAUCAGCACUGACACUACUACGCGAACGGAUUCGAACUUCCUACGUCCUCGACUUCCAGAAACCAAUCGCGAUGAAACCAAGGUCCCAUCCUCCGUUCGAAACUUAAAGGCAAAGUCAUUCCAGCCCAGCCCGCGGGAACCCCCUGGACCGUUUUUAACUGCCUCCGGAGCUGUUGACCACACGCGAUCAUCCUCCACAAAUGCUGUGAGGACCCCGAUCAAGAACCCUGCCGGUGCCGCGGCUACGACACCUUCUUCGUCCUCUAAGCGUGCUUCUGUUAUGCCGCCCCAUGCAACGGGACUCGGCGCUCGUACCAUUAGCCCUACUGAUGCACGACGGAUGAAGCGAAUGUCAAUGGCACCCCCUGCUCCUCCCAUACCACAUACACCACCUACCCAGACGGAACCACUCCCCGUCCGUCCUUUAUCUUCAACCCAAUCACCCUCUCAAAUCCCGAGAAAAAGUGUCACGCCCUCUUCAAAUCGAACUACGCCCGACCCAAAUCGCAAGUCUUACAGUUCAGGGUUAUCUGUCUCUUCGAGCACUAGUUAUAACUCGGCGCGGAAUUCGGGUAGCUCUCUCCAGAACCGUCUCUCGCAGAACUUUUCGUCCUCGCGACUUCCUACGCCGAAACCGCGUACCGAGCAAUCAAGCUCCAAUGGAGAAGAAGUACCACCUGUGCCAGCUAUUCCAAAGGCCUACGAAUCACCAAAGGGCGAAUUGGAUGCGCCUGUGUUCCCGGCCCCUAGAAAAUCAAGUAUUACGACAGAUAUUGGCCAGUUGAAUAUUUCACGGGAUUCAGACUCUGAUGCGCAGCUUGCACCAAAGACCGCGGAAGUUGAGCAACCUGAUAAUUCGACUGACAAUGCUACAAAAACGCCCGACUCGCGGUCAAGGACCUCUACUGUUCUGGGUGGAAGGAAGGGCCUACAGCCUUUGAAACUCCCUCCUUUGAAUUUGCUGCCUUUGGGCACGCCUAUGGCAGCCAAGAUUGAUGCACUGAAGGACAGGGACAACGAUGACCGAAAAGCCCACACCCCCUCCAACCAGGUCAUGUCGAAGACGCCUAGUACUCCGAUGACAGCAUCCAAAGCAAAUUUCUGGAGUUAUCGCGACGAAGAUGAGCAUGUGCCUCUCACCCAAGCUCGAAGCAGCACCUCUCACUUUGCUGUCAGCUCAUCAACAGCUGCUUUGCGGGCGUCGAGUAGUACCAGCGCGUUUGAAUCUUUCGAAACGCCAAGUUCAACGCGUAACAUCUCUCCCUAUGCCUCGUACACGUUGCCCAAGAGCGGUGCCGACCUCAAUCAUCUCCGCCACCAGGCUAGUGGUGAUUACUCGAGUCGGGUGCAAACACAUAAAUUGAACGGACCCCGGCCCCAAACUCAGAGUGCCAUGUUCACCCCGGCGCCAGAACGACUCAGUCAGAUAUCAACACCUUCUGAGCCUGAAAGUGUGACUGCAUCGAGCUCUUCGCUUCGGGAUCGCCUCAAGGUUGCCCGUAUUCGCAGCAACUCGAGAACGCAGAAAACGACCGAACCCGAUUCUGACCCAGCCAAGUUCAACCACAUGCCACCACCCAAGCUCCCGGCUUCUGCGACAUGGAACAACCUGUCUUCAGCUAGCUCGACAAGCCCCAGUCUCAAGCCAUCCUAUCUCAAUCCUCGGCGACAAUCGUCCGUUUCCAGUGCGACAAACCCGGCUGCCCGGAAACCCAGUGUCAGCAGUGAGAAGAGCCUUCACCUGGAACCGAGUCCUUCAAACGAGUCUGGGGAUAGCGAUCGUCCUCAAAAGCGUGCAACAAGCACUUAUAUCUCUCCGGUACAUAAAAUGAUCAGCAACGCCCGAUCCAGUGCUGCAGCUGCUCCUCGGUCCACUGACACCAAUAUUGAUCCUGAUGUGGUGAUUGCUGAUGAGGAAAUGAAGCGACUUGGAUCUAAACGCAAGGACUUUGAAAAAGCAGCACGAGUGCUAGAUGACUUGCGCCGUAAGGCUGGUCCAAAGGAUCGUGUCAGUCCUGCCCAGGCUCUGAAAAUGGCCAAUCUCAACAUCUUUGAGCGAGGCGAGAUCAUUGAUUAUCGUGAUAUCUUCUUCUGUGGUACUCAAACCGCCAAGAAGCAUGUUGGUGACCUGCACUCUGGCGCAGCAAACUUUGGAUAUGAUGAUGACCGUGGCGACUACAACAUCGUAAUGGGCGACCAUUUGGCUUACCGUUACGAGGUUGUGGAUGUCUUGGGUAAGGGCAGCUUUGGACAAGUCGUGCGAUGUGUCGAUCACAAGACCGGCGCCCUUGUUGCGAUUAAGAUCAUUCGUAACAAGAAGCGGUUCCAUCAACAAGCUCUCAUUGAGGUCAACCUCCUUCAAAAACUGAAAGAGUGGGAUCCCAACGGGAAGCACAGUGUGGUCAACUUUACUCAAAGCUUCUACUUCCGUGGCCAUCUCUGCAUUUCCACAGAACUCCUUGGCAUGAACCUUUACGAGUUCAUCAAAGCACAUGAAUUCCGAGGCUUCUCGUUGAAAUUAAUCCGUGUUUUUACCAAGCAAAUGCUGAGCAGUCUCGUUCUGUUGCACGCAAAGAAGGUGAUCCAUUGUGAUUUGAAGCCCGAGAAUGUCCUUCUCGUCCACCCAAUGAACUCAGAGAUCCGUGUCAUCGACUUUGGUUCAAGUUGCUUCGAGAAUGAAAAGGUCUAUACCUAUAUUCAGAGUCGUUUCUACCGUUCCCCAGAGGUUAUCCUUGGAAUGUCUUACGGCAUGCCCAUUGAUAUGUGGAGUUUGGGUUGUAUCUUGGCUGAGCUGUUCACCGGCUAUCCCAUUUUCCCAGGAGAGAAUGAGCAAGAGCAGCUCGCCUGUAUCAUGGAAGUCUUUGGUCCUCCUGAGAAGCAUUUGAUCGAGAAGAGCUCCCGCAAAAAACUGUUCUUUGACUCUCUGGGCAAACCACGUCUUACUGUGUCCUCCAAGGGACGCCGGCGUCGUCCAAGCUCUAAGGAACUUCGGCAGGCACUGAAGUGUGACGAUGAGGCCUUCCUUGACUUUAUCACUCGCUGUCUCCGCUGGGACCCAGCUCGCCGGCUUUCGCCUCACGAUGCACUGAAGCACGAGUUCAUCACUGGAGUCAAAGCCCCUCCUCGACCUCGUAUUUAUGCAUCAAACUCGCCCUCCAAGCGAGGGGCGACGUCCUCAAGUCGCCCGCUCCCUGAUCCCCCAGGCACACUGAAGACCGGGACCUACACGCGCUCUCGUGAUGUUUCUGGCACCUCCCCUGUCAAAGGCAGCAGCGGGAAACGCCACUCGACCAUUAACGGUCCACCGUCCAGUCCCGCCAAGCGAGUGUCCAACAACACUACUGCUCAGGGCUCUGCACUUCCUCGUGUCUCCGCACGGAGUAUCAGUGGAAGACCUGACCUCGCUACUGCGGCGGCCGCGACAAGCCUAAGGAAAUGAUUUCUUUGCAUGUCUUUGAUGAAUGCUCUGUAAUAAUAACUUUUGUUUUUACGCUUUUUCCCUUCUAUUGAACUUGCAUCGGGUGGUUUGUGUCAGCAUUUGUCUAUCUGGUUUCGGAGGAACCCUUGAGAUGCAUGAUUCAUGUUAAUACCCCCUUUUUGUGAUUGCAUUUGCAUUGCGCCUAUGAUGACCUUGUGGAAGUCGAUUGCUUAUACCUUAUCUUUGCUUAUGCAUUUCCCUUCGUUCCGUUU